AUGGAGGCGGAGCGCCGUGUCACCCGCUGGUCUGACAAGUCCCGGCGGGACCGGAAAGGAGUUAAGGAGAGCAGGGUGGCUGACCCUCUCCUGCCUUUUCGUGCUCUUCCUCCAGGCGGCGCGCUAGCCCAUCCAGACCGGUUCAUUUUCCCAAGUCCUGCCUGUGAGGACCCCCCAGCAGUGCUUCUGGAAGUGCAGGGCACCUUACAGAGGCCCCUGGGGCGGGACAGCCGAAGCGCCCCUGCCAACUGCACCUGGCUCAUCCUGGGCAGCAAGGAGCAAACUGUAACAGUCAGGUUCCAAAAACUGCACCUGGCCUGUGGCUCAGAGCGCUUAAUCCUACGGUCCCCUCUCCAGCCAUUGAUCUCCCUGUGUGAGGCACCUGCCAGCCCUCUGCAGCUGCCAGGUGGUAACGUCACCAUCACCUACAGCUAUGUUGGGGCCAGAGCACCCAUGGGCCAGGGUUUCCUGCUCUCCUACAACCAAGAUUGGUUGAUAUGCCUGCAAGAAGAAUUCCAGUGCCUGAACCACCGCUGUGUGCCCUUGACCCAGCGCUGUGAUGGAUUUGACGCCUGUGGUGAUGGCUCUGAUGAGGCUGGCUGCAGCUCUGACCCCUUCCCUGACCUGACCCCAGCUCCUGGCCCCAUUCUAUCUUGUAAUCACACCUUGGAAGAUUUCUAUGGGGUGUUCUCUUCCCCUGGAUAUUCACACAUGGCCUCAGCCUCCCACCCCCAGUCCUGCCUCUGGCUGCUGGACCCCCAUGAUGGUCGGCGCCUGGCUGUGCGCUUCACAGCCCUGGACCUGGGCUAUGGAGAUGCAGUGCAUGUGUAUGAUGGCCCUGGGCCUCCCGAAACCCCUCGGUUGCUGCGCAGCCUCACACACUUCAGCAAUGGCAAGGCUGUCACCGUGGAGACAUUGUCGGGACAGGCCAUUGUGGCCUAUCAUUCAGUUGCUUGGAGCAGUGGUCGGGGCUUCAAUGCGACCUACCAUGUGCGGGGCUACUGCUUGCCUUGGGACCAACCCUGCGGCUUAGGUGCUGGUCUGGGGGCUAGUGAGGGCCUAGGUGAGCGCUGCUACAGUGAGGCACAGCGCUGUGAUGGCUCAUGGGACUGUGCCGAUGGCACAGAUGAGGAGAACUGCCCCAGCUGCCCACCCGGACACUUCCCCUGUGGGGCUGCCGGCACACCUGGUGCUACAGCCUGCUACCUGCCUGCUGACCGCUGCAACUACCAGACCUUCUGUGCAGAUGGGGCAGAUGAGAGACGCUGCCGGCACUGCCAGCCUGGCAACUUCCGAUGCCGGGAUGAGAAGUGUGUGUAUGAGACGUGGGUGUGUGAUGGGCAGCCGGACUGUGCCGACGGCAGCGAUGAGUGGGAUUGCUCCUAUGCCCUGCCCCGCAAGGUCAUUACGGCAGCAGUCAUCGGCAGCCUGGUGUGUGGCUUGCUGCUGGUCAUUGCCCUGGGCUGCACCUGCAAACUCUAUGCCAUUCGUACCCAGGAGUACAGCAUCUUUGCCCCCCUCUCCCGAAUGGAGGCUGAGAUUGUGCAGCAGCAGGCACCGCCCUCCUAUGGACAGCUCAUUGCCCAAGGUGCCAUCCCACCUGUGGAGGACUUCCCUACAGAGAACCCAAAUGACAACUCAGUACUGGGCAACCUGCGUUCCCUGCUACAGAUUUUGCGCCAGGAUAUGACGCCAGGGGGUGCCUCGGGCACCCGCCGCCGCCAACGUGGCCGCUCUGUACGCCGCCUGGUACGCCGUCUCCGCCGCUGGGGCCUGCUUCCUAGAACCAGCCCCCAAGUCCGAACCCCUGACAGCAGAUCCCAUGUCACACCUUCGGCCACUCCCCCAGAGGGCCUAGAUAGUAGCACUGGUCCGGCCCUUGAGGGUGGGGCCGUGGGUGGGCAGGACGGGGAACAGGCACCCCCAUUGCCUGUCAAGGCUCCCCUCCCAUCUGCCAGUGCUUCUCCAGCCCUCCCCACUGUCCCUGAGGCCCCAGUGCCUCUGCCCGCAGUACCUCUGGAGCCAUCACUGCUGUCCGGAGUGGUGCAGGCCCUGCGAGGCCGCCUCCUGCCCAACCUGCGGCCCCCAGGACCAAUUCGGACCCCACCUGGACCCCACACAACAGUUCUGCCCCCAGAAGACGAGGAUGAUGUGCUGCUAGUGCCACUGGCUGAGCCAGAGGUCUGGGUGGUCGAGGCAGAGGAUGAGCCACUGCUCGCCUGAGGGAACCUGCUCUCCUGGGCACUGUAGGCAUAGGCAACAGCCCUUCAGAGGGUGAUACAGCUUCCCUGCCAUACUUCUUCCCAGUCCCUCACCUGAGGGGACUGGUGAACCUCCGUCGACCCUCUGUAGCUGCAGGAAAGCUAGGGAGAGGGCUCACACACAGCCCCUGCUGCACAUGGUGGGACCUCAGUCUCCACCUCCUUCCACACCACCACCAUUUGUUUCUCAAAAGUAAAAUCCUCGAACGGUCCUAGGCCUGGACACUCCAGCCUUGCCAAACCCCACCCAAAAGUGGCCUUAAGCACCAGAAUGCCAAUUGGCUAGAGACCUUCAGCCCCCAAGGGGAGGAUAUGGGCAGGGUCUGAGGUUUUGCCAACCAUGAUCCCUCAUAAAGGGUUUGGCUCAUAUAAAGAGCACAACAAAUGCUUUUGUCCGAUAGCUAGGUCAUUGCCUAGGAAGUCAAGGUUGAAAAUAAAGAAAUCAGAGCCUGAGCCCUGCCUCUCGACCUUUCUCCCCAGCUCAGUUUAUGCUCACUUUUCUUUCCUCCUCCCUAUGGAAACCUUCUCUUCCUAUUCAUCGUCUAGCCACCUGCCUUGACUUUUACUUCCUUACCACUGAGGAGGUAAGAAAACUAUAGGAACCCCCAAAGACAAACCUUCUCUACUUACAGCCCAGCCUCAAUUCUACAGUGACUGACACCAUGGGUAGCACCAAGCCUUUUUACUCACUGCCAGGCCAGAAGCCUGGUGAGCCAGCUGGGCCCUGCAGCCGGGAAGGCUCCCAUUUAUGGCGUGCUCUCAGCACAGAUCACAGGAGCAGACUGUCCCCGAUGGAACACAGGGCCCAUGACUCCUGCCCUCCACCACUGCUGAGCACUUACAGUCUGUUCUAGGCAGACAGAUGAGCUCUCAGUCAGGAUGCCUCAAAGUAG